AUGGCAACAAGUGAUUUGGCAAAGAAGGAGCGAAAGACGUGCAUUCUUGGAAUCAACAAGGCGCCUCUGACGGUGACCAUCGCAGACGUCGUCGCAAACUACAGGAUGGACGACCUGAUUCUGGUGAAGCGAUUCACGUCGAAGCACUAUGGGACAGCCAACUUCCUGCUUGAGUUCCUGCACCCAGAGGCGUGCGAGAGGGCAAGGGCGCUCCACAGUGCCAUCAAGUUGGAUGGGACUGAGCUGUAUCCGUUCUACGCGCCAUCGAAUGCGCUGCAGCAGCACACGACCGUGGUAUCGGAGAACAAGCUGUACGUGAAAUAUCCAAGCACGGUGAGCUUUGACUCCCUGAAGGAGAAGCUCUCUGGGCUGAAGAUCACCGAGCCAGGAAAGGAGGGCCAUUUCUGCUUCAUCACGUGCGCAGACCAGGACGAGCAGGCGCAGAUCAAGCAGAAGUACAACGGUGCACUUGUUGAUGGAAGGCCGAUCUCAGUCACCUACGCAAUCAACAAGGUGAAGAAGACAAGCAACAAGAGAAGGCCAUCUCUCACACAGGUAGCAGAAGAGUGA